AUGGAGAGCUUAAUGAAGCAAAUAAUAGAAGACAUGCGUGUUAAUGAAAUCAAAGAGCUUGAUAUGAUCAAAGUCGUAAUUCAAUCUGUCAAGAAAGAGAUUGAAGACGAAAGGAGGUUAAGAAAGAGUUCAGAAAGCCGAUAUCAGAGCCUUGCCAGGGAGCUUUCGGAAGUGAAGUCUUUGUUCUGUUGUAGUUUGAGAGAUCUCGAAAGAGAGAAAAGAACAAGUAUCCUUUUGGAAAAUUUGUGCGACGAUUUUGUUGUAGGAGUAAAAGAUUAUGAACAUGAAGUACGUUCUAUAACGCACAAUGCGAAUAAAAACCACAUCGAAAACAAAAGUAGCAUUGAUAGACUAAUACUUCAUAUUUCAGAAGCUUGGCUUGACGAGCGCACGCAAAUGAAACUACUUCAUGACAGUCACAAUGGUAAUGAUCUCCAACAGACACAUUUAAUUAUCGAUAAAUUACACGUCGAUAUUGAAACAUUUCUUCGAGCAAAGCAAUCUAUCGACUCAAGUAAAUAUAGUAACUCCUCCACUAAGAAGGUCAAGGAAAUUUACCCUUGCCUACAUUCAUUGGAUUCCUUUAAACUAAAGGAAACAAUAACUUCACCUCAUAAUUUUUCUAAGAAAGCUUCCGUUGGUACCGACAUUGUUGAAGAGAAAAUGAAUGCUGAAAAAGGACUUACCAAACUCAAAAACAUGCCAUGUGAGACAGAACAAGGUCUACCAGAAAGUGAUAAAUGCAGGACAAAGAGAAUUUAUUUAAGUCAGAGCCUAGUUGGAAACAGUUCCAUUUCAUCAGAUGGUGAUAAGGUGUAUCCUGAGAGUAUUUGCAGGGAAGAUUCAUGUGUUCAUUCAGCAGUUAAUGUUAAGGGAAGUCCUGUAAAACAGUGGAAAACAACAUUGGCUAGGGAAGUAAAAGACAAUAUAUUUAUGGCAAAAUUGAUUGAAGCAUGGUUAGAGGAACAUAAGUCUCAGUUAAAGACUAGAAAAUUCUCUUUUUGA